AGGAGAUAGAGAAGAAAUGAAAGGAAAACCAUUUUGUAAUAUUUGCGCUAAAUUAAUUGAAGGGACAGUUUCUCAUAUGCAUAGGCAUCUGAAAACUAAAUAUCAUACAAACUGAGCAAACUCUGUGAAAUCCCCUUCUGUACCAUCUCUAUUUGAAAAGAAAAAUCUACCUGCAAGGGAUGCAGAAAAACUUAAGACUAAUGUUACUCAAAUUUCUUUGUGAACACAAUAUUUCUUUUAAUGUCAUGGACCAUCUAAUGAAAGUUUUGAAACAUGGAGCCACUGAUUCUCAAAUUAUAAAAUCUGUAAGGUGUGGAAGACAAACUUCACGAGAAAUAGUAGUGAAAUGUAUAGGCAAUGAAAGCUUGAAGGAAAUUGUGGCAUGCUUAAAGACACACAAAUAUUCCAUAAUUGUAGAUGAGAGCACUGAUGUAUCCACUACAAAGCAGUUAGCCAUUGUUGUCAGAGUAGUGAACACUCAGCAGUGUACAGUUGAAGACAAAUUUUUACAAUUGCUAGAUGUAGAAGAUUCCAGUGCUGAAGGACUGUUUCACCUAUUGAGUACUUUUUUUGAUGAAAAUGGCAUUCCAUUUGAAAAUAUGCUUGGAUUUGCUGCUGACAAUGCGUCAGUCAUGAUGGGGAGUAUGGCUGGUUUAAAGCAAAAAUUGCUGGAUAGAGUCCCUCAUUUGUUUGUCAAUGGAUGUAUUUGCCAUUCAUUAAAUCUCUGUUCCUCUGCAGCCUGUCUUAAGCUUCCAAGUUCUGUAGAAACGUGUAAAGAUAUACAUAACUUCAUUAAUCACAGCCCUAAGAGACUGUUGAAGUUUAAGGAAUUUCAACAAUUUGUUAGAGUUGAUGUACACAGACUUCUAAAUACUAGUCAAACAAGAUGGCUUUCCCUAGAAUCAGUUGUUAACAGAACACUAGAACAAUGGUCACCACUAAUUCUUUUCUUUCAGUCAGAAGCCUUGGAAUCUCAAGUACAGUCUGCAGUGCAUAUACUGAAUGCCUUGAACAAUCCUCUGUUCAAAAUGUACUUUACUUUCCUUGGGUAUAUUCUGUCCAUUAUCAAUAAGAUGAACAGAGAAUUUCCAAGUGAAUCAGUCAUGAUACACACUGCAUAUUCUAACAUCUGUGCCUUUUAUAGGACUAUUCUGAGCAAUUAUAUAAAGAAAGACAUACUAAAAUCAAAGUCAGAUCCAUCUGAAGUGGAAUUUAAAGACUGUUCCAAUUUCCUGCCUGAAAAUGAAUGGUACUUUGGCAGCAAAGUAGAGAGUAUGCUGGCAGAUAAAAAUGUGUUAGGGGAACUUGGAUCUGAAGCUUCCAGAUUUCGGGUGAGAUGUCUGGAUUUUUAUGUAGAGCUAUCAAAGCAAAUCAGUAAAAGAUUCAAAGGUUUGAGUGAUGUACUCCCGUUGUUAAAUGCCUGUGACCCUGCCAUAGCAAGAGAAAAUAGAGUUACAAGUCUAGUGCCACUGUUCAAAACAUUUCCUCAGCUGAUUAAAGAAUCAGAAUAUGAUGUUUGCAAUGAUGAAUGGCGGUCACUUACUUUUCAUGAAGAUGCUUUGAGUACAUCAAGUAACCCCACCGAGUUUUGGUGUUCACUACUAAAACUUAAGACUAGUGAUGGAACACCUGUGUUUCCAAAUCUAGCUGAGGUAAUGGUAAAUUUGUUAGUUCUACCACAUUCUUCAGCUGCAGUGGAGAGAUUUUUUUCACAAGUAAAAUUAAUAAAGACAGACCUAAGAAAUAGACUGAACACAGAGUCAAUAAAUGCACUUUUGUUAAGUAAAGGUGACGGGGGAGCAGUUCCAUGCUAUGAAUGGGAGCCAAGUUCCUUGAUGAUAAGAUCUGCUCAAAAUGUGUUCAGUGAGGCUAAGCAAAGCAUAUAGGUAGCCUCAUAGGCAGAAAAAGAAAGUCUGCGUUUGUAGUUUUAUCUUUUUUUUUUAAUUAAGGUUAUCAGAUAUUCAUAUUUUGUACUUUGUAGCUUAAGUUAGAGAAUAACAUCUUAAGUUAGAUGUAGCUUAAGUUAGAGAAUAAGUUGUGGAGGCUAUCCAAAUACAGCCUGCCAUUGAAGGUAUUAACAAAUCUGUGUGCAAUUGUAGUAGCCUACUGGCAUCAUUUAUUUUCUCUAAUGAAGUGCACUUGUACAUAAAUAUAAUGUUUUGGAAGACCCAAUCAAAGGGCUUAUAUUAAUGCUCCAAAUGUGUAGUGAACAACAUUUCUCCACCACUAGGCAGCAGUAAGCAGCUUGGCUGCCAUUCGUAUGAUGUCUAUAACACCAUGGUAAGAAAUAAUUUAUUUGUAAUCAUAGUUUUCAUGAACUAUAGGGCAUAUCGUAAAGAAAACAAUAUUGGGUACUUUUGGAUACAAUUUUGCAAUGUAUGCAUACGUUUUGUAUAUUUAGGAUACGUUUUUUGGACACGUUUAUAUUUUUCUCACUUGCAACACUGCAGUGAGGGCAAAGCAGACGAAUAGACCCGUGUACAGCAAGCACUAAUACUGAAAGUAAGUGGCAGUGCGCAGGCCACCACCAGCUACCUGAGUCAACAACAUUGAAGUUUGAGGCAAUCCUGUGCAGCGAUCAGGAUCAGCGGCUGCGCAGGCUUGGCCUCAGCUGAGUCAGCCAGUUGUCAGUUUGUUUACAUCCAAAGAAGAGGGAGAUGGCAGACACACAGUGGUCUUCUAGGAAAGCCUCAGGAACACACUGGUGGUCGAGUGCCACAAAAUAAGAAAGCAGAGCUAAGAAAU